AUGGAACAGAAAACAUUGGAUACCACUUAUACUGCUGACUAUGAUCUUUAUCAUAAUGUCGAUGAUAAUGGCAGUAACAAAAGUAGUAAUAGAAAAGAAAAUGAAAGCAUAAUUGGGUAUAACACUGAACUUUUAGAUAAAUCUAAUCAACAAUUAUUUUCAUUGGAUCUUGAAUCUAAUAUUGAUAACUUGACGAAAGAAGAUUCCUUAUUGGAAUAUGAUGAAACGAAUAAUAUUUUAUCAAAGCAUAAAUUAAAAUUCAAUUUAAUGCUUUCAAAAUAUUCUAAAUCUAUUCAUUGUAAAGAUUCCAAUUACCAUCAGUCAACUUCUAUUAAUGAACUGGAUACUACCAAUGGGGAACUAGAUAAAAGUAUUAUUCUUUUUCACAGUGAUUAUGAUAAGAAUGAUAAUUGUAAUGUUGGUAUCAACCGUGGUACUGUUAACGAUGUGAUAACUGAUGAUAUCGGCCAUAUCAUUGCAUCUAUUAAAAGUGAGUGA